UCCCGUGCGCAGUAGCCCUAAUCGUCGACGCAGACAAAGGCAGGUGCCGAGGAAAUUCGAAAUCGACGGGCAUUCAAAAUUGUCGAGAAAUCCCGCAGUCAGAAUGCGAUUCAGAGUCUCGUGAUUUUCGCUGGACGGGCAGAAUCAAUUGAUGGGAUGGGGCUGAGCAGGAAACGGGAUGAUUCCGGGAGAUCGCCGGGCGCAAUGAAGAAGCAAAGGACUUCGGGUGGAGGUGGUGGUGGAAGAGGAGGUGGUGGUGGGCGAGGUGGGGGCAGAGGUGGAGGUGGAGGUAGGGGCGGAGGUGGUGGUCGAUUUGAGGAGGAGGAGGAGCAGCAUGGGCAGGAAUUUCGAGCUUGGAAGUCGACGGAAGGUGAGGAGGGAGAGCAUUUGUCGAGGAAGAGAUUGGAUCCUGCGACGAAGAGUUAUUUUUUGGAGAUUGCGGCUCUGGUGAAGGAUGGGGCGAACGAGGAGGAGAGGGAGAAUAUUUGUGUCAGUGCGUUGGAGGAAACCCAAGGGCAGGAGCUGCAGCUGGCCUGCGAUCCAGGGUGCGGACGAGUUCUCGAAACUCUGCUGAGCUACUGUGAUGUUUCUCACGUUGUUCAGUUUCUCCAGCGUUGCACUUUGGUUUCGGUCAGUAUGGCUGUCGAUCCUGGAGCUUCCCAUAUCUUAGAAGGUGCAUUGAAGGCAGUGGCACGAACGUUGCUCGAUGACAAUUCUCGCAAUGCGGACUGGUUCCCGACCCUGGAGUCUAUCCUCGCCGUUAUCUGCCAGGAACUUGGUUCACAGUCGGUGGAUGUGAUGUUGAAUCGAUAUGGAUCACACGUUUUCCGUUCCUUCUUGUGUCUUCUCAGUGGGGAAACUGCCGACUUUCUCGAUCAAGAGAAAGGAGGUGCCAAAUCAGCGAGGAAUUUGGGUAACAAGCUUGGGUCAUUCAGGUCUAAAGACGCAAUGCGGCCGAAAGGACUCUCGUUUCCGAAGCUUCUCCACGAUCUAGUUGGCAAGAUUUUAGAGAGUUCGAAAGGAAGCAUGGCUCAGUUGCGAGCGGAUGAGUGUGGGAGUCCAGUAUUACAGGGACUACUGAAAGCUUUGCAAGGAAACCAGGAGGCAAUCACACAGGCGAUCGCAGGGAUGUUAGAUUGCGAGACCGGUGGUAAGGAGGGUUUUGUUUUGGAAAAAGCUCCUGUGGAGGGAAUUGUCGCUGCAAUGGAAGAUCGCAGUAGUAGCCACCUUAUGGAGGUCAUUAUCCAGAGCGCACCUAAUCCUCUGUACGUGGAGAUUUUUCAAAGAUUUUUUAGGAAGCGUAUGCUGCAGCUGUCACUACAUCAGUCUGCGAACUUUGUCGUCCAAGUGCUGAUAUCAUGUGCCAGGCACGAAGGCCAGGUCAACAUGAUUUUUGAGGAACUAGAAGGGCACUUCACCGAUAUCGUGUUUGAGAAGCGAGCCGGUGUUAUCGCUGCGCUCAUUUCUGCAUGCGGUCGUUUCAACACCAAACAACGAGAAGUAUGUCGAGCCCUUGCAGUGGCAAUCAAUUCAAACAAAGCUUCACCGGUGGAUCUUGUGCCUCGUCUUUUGCACCUCGAGAGUGCGAAAAACGGAGCAUUUCCAGCAGACUUGGACUCUUUAUCUGACAGCAAGAUGUCAGUCAUCGGUUCCAUCAUUCUUCAAACAAUUUUGAGUUUCCCCAAGGAGUGCAGUCAGCAGUUCUGUUCAAGCAUUGCUGCUCUUGAAACUCUCAGCUUAUUACAUGCUGUAAGAGACCCAAGUGGGAGUCGUGUUUUGGAAGCCUUUCUUGAGUCUUCCGCUGCGCCGCCGAAGCAUAAGCACCGAAUAAUUUCCAAGUUGGAGGGUCACUUCGCAGAAAUGGCACUUCAUCCUAUCGGUUGUUUCAUUGUGGAAAAGAGCUAUACAGUAGCGGAUAUCAAACUCAAGGAGAGAAUUGCCGCUGAGCUGGCACCUGUGCAGGCAGAAUUAGCGAAGAGUCGAUACGGGGCACGCAUAUCAAGACGAUGUGACAUUAUCGGAUAUAGUAAGAAGCCAGAGCAAUGGCGAUCAAAAGAAAGCACAAAGCAAAGCACCCAUAAGGCUUUUUCGGAGUUAUUCAGCUCAGUUGCCGACCCUGAGCACGCGGAGAAUAGAGAGGUGACCAAUACACCUCAAGAUGUCGAAGAAGAGAGAGAGCCGACAGGCUCCAAGGGUUCACAGGGUCAGAAACAGAAAAAGGUCCUACCUCAAGAUAUGGACCUUGACUUGGAGGGACCGAUGGCUCAAUUAGGUUUCAGCUUCGCCAUUACGAAGUCCAAAAACAAGAAGAGUGCAAAGCCUAGUGAAGCCAUUGUUCCACUAGGUGCAAAGGACUCUUCGAAAGAUGAUCUUAUAAGCAGUAUAGGCCAAGUAGAAGAAAAAGCAGGGAAGAAAGGGAAGGAAGCAAGGUCUCAAGCAGGAUUUGAUGACAUCGAUCGUCUUUUUGAUCGGAAAAAGGUGGACAAAAAGGAUAAGAAAGGCAAGAAGCGCAAGCAUUCUGCGGAGGGAGGAACUGCAGAACCAAGUCAGAGUGUGGCAGGCAUGGUGGAUGAAAAGCUAGAAGAUCCCUCCUUAAAAGGAGUAAUGGGUGCCCUUGAAACGAAGAGCAAGAAGAAGAAAAUGAAGUCGGGUGUAAACGACCCCGAAAACGUAGACCUUAGCGAGCAGAAGAAAAAGAAGAAACAGCUUGUAAUGAUGUAAGGUAAUCAUUGAGCCGCCAAAAUAUGGCCGAAGUUUUGACCUCCCGGCUUUUACAAGAAAGGUUGUCUUCGUCCGUUGUUCCCAACUGAGGAGAGGCGUCCCUUCAAGUCAGAAACGAGUCAAUUCACUGUGGUUUAGGAUUGGUUUUAUCUGACGAGUACCGUAGAAUCCAAUCUUUUAGAUUCUAAGUAGGAAUAUAGUCAUAUACGCAAUUGAGCGCGUACAUGAUGUCGGAGUUGUUAAGAAUAGUGUUCACAUGACAUGAUGAGAGCGUUGGAGAUCAAGUAGCAUAGAUUUGCUGCCUCGCAUGGAAUCUCCUGGUCCGCCAGGCCCGUUCCGUUGUAAGACUGUACCAACAGUUUUUUUUUCACAUGGACUCACGAAUAGCGUCACAUGGCUGCUUUCAAUACACAGGUUUUAAGAAGCGCCAAGUUUUUCGCAGAGUUUCCCGAACCUG